AUGGCAGCGCAUGAGCUCAGCCCCCGGGAGCAGGGGGCAGCUCUCCCAGAAGGUUCCCCACUGCCCACAGGACCAAAUCUACCGCCAGCUCCUCUGGGCGGCGUGGGGGCGGGGAAGCAGCUCGCCCCGCCCCCACCCCAUGCCUUUGCCCAAAAGGAGCCGGAGUGCAGCCUGACGUCAGGCCAGGAAGGCUUGUCCCAGCAUCGUGGAGCAGCUCAGCUGGGCUCCGCCGGGCUCCCCCAGCACAGGUCCGGCAGGCUGCCCACCUCUGGCCGCCCGGGCGGCCAAAGGCACGGGGCUGCCGGGCCCAACCACGCAGAGCAGGCCACGGGCGAGGUGGGUCUGCUGCAGGACAGUCCUCGGCUGCCCCAAUGGGCUCCCUAUCUAAAGGGACAGCAGGCCCAGGGCAUGCUGGCUGCCGUCAUGUCCUCCAGGUCUCCAACGGGGUCCUCGGCCACGGCGGCCCCCAACAUCACGGCGGCCCCCGGCGCCACAGCAGGAGAGGCAUGGGCCAACAGCAGCACGCCGGAAAAGCCGCUGUUCCACCUGUUUGCCCUGCUGGACGAGGAGCUGCACGCCGCCUACCCCGGCCUGUGGCUGGCCCUGAUGGCUGUGCACGGCGCCAUCUUCCUGGCGGGGCUGGUGCUCAACGGGCUGGCGCUGUACGUCUUCUGCUGCCGCACGCGGGCCCCCACGCCAUCUGUCACCUACACCAUCAACCUGGCGGUGACUGACCUGCUGGUGGGCCUGUCGCUGCCCACACGCUUCGCCGUCUUCUACGGGGCACCCGGCUGCCUGCGCUGCGCCUUCCCGCACGUGCUCGGCUACUUCCUCAACAUGCACUGCUCCGUCCUCUUCCUCACCUGCAUCUGCGUGGACCGCUACCUGGCCAUCGUGCAGCCCGAGGGCUCCGUGGCGCUGUGGCCCCACCUGCCGCACCAUGCCAGCCUCGUGGCCUACCACGUGGCUGUGACCCUCAGCAGCCUCAACAGCUGCCUGGACCCCAUCGUGUACUGCUUCGUCACCAGCGGCUUCCAGGCCACCGUCCGUGGCCUCUUCCGCAGGCGAGGGGCCGAGAGCGAGCGUGGCAGCGGCGACGCACUCAGCGUGCGCAAGAGCUCCAGGGGCUCGGGCCACCAGCACAUCAGCGCCGGCCCCGGUGCCCUCGCGCAGGCCCUGGCCAGUGGGCCUCAGGCCUAG